AUGUUUGUUGCGAACUAUUUGAAGACUGGGCUAGCUGGAAUUGACUUCACUGAUUGCUCUAUUGAAAAGUACAUGUUCCACAUCCGAAAGACUAAUGAACUUUGGAACAGGCUAUCUAAAGACGAGAAAGAGUUCACCAAUGCGUGUAUAGAAGACCUAAAGCAACAUCUGGAGGAGAGUGUUCUGUCAAAGUUGCCUGAAAAUUAUCAGUCUGUUCUUAAGCAAUCUGUAACAAGUGGAGAGGAUGAUAUGGUCCGAUCAUAUCUCCGGAUCCGCAUCCAAAAGAUUGAAAAGUACAUGUUCCACAUCCGAAAGACUAAUGAACUUUGGAACAGGCUAUCUAAAGACGAGAAAGAGUUCACCAAUGCGUGUAUAGAAGACCUAAAGCAACAUCUGGAGGAGAGUGUUCUGUCAAAGUUGCCUGAAAAUUAUCAGUCUGUUCUUAAGCAAUCUGUAACAAGUGGAGAGGAUGAUAUGGUCCCAGAACCACAACUAGACACAUUUGUUUUGUGUAGAAGUAAAGAGUAUCUCACGGGAAUUCAACUCGAAGAUGGACCUGUUGAUGACAGGUCGAAGCUGUUUGAGAUGGAGCCAGGUGUCCUGCACUUCAUAUGUUAUAAAUCAAUAAAGGCACUUGUAGAGAGUGGCAAAAUUGAUCUACUCUGAUAAGUUUACAGUUCGGAUGAUGCUCAUGAGAAACCCACUAUUGUUUAUUCCAAGUUUUUUUUUUAUUCUGCUGUAUGGAGCUGAUUCAAGAUGUUGUCAAGGAAAUAGUGUGACGUGAAAAUUCAAUAUGAGAUGAUUUAUUCCUUGUUUCUUUUUGUUUUUCAUUAAAUGUUUUUUAAUUCACGUCUUUAAAACUUAUAACAACUAGAUAAAUCUUUGUUAC